AUGUCCGUCGCUGGGACCGCUACCAUCAUCGGUGCACAAGAUCAAGCACCCUACGAUGUAACCUUGAAACCCAGCGACAUCCCAGCCGAGGUAAAGGGCAAGGGGAGGCAAGGGCCACCAUUCCCAAUGUCCCCCAUCAACGAAUCCGUCCUUCACAGUAACGAAUUGGACGUCGGGACACUCGAAGAGCGGCCCUUCUUCGUCAGAAUCAACGCCAAAGACGGCAUAAUGGGCGCUCUCAAAAAGCUCGAUCAGCAACUCAAAGAUCAAGGCCAAGCAGGCCUCCUUUCAAAGAAGGAACCCAUCUCGUGGAUCGGGUCGGAACUCAUCCCAGGUCAAGUCGGCCUCGUGAAUCACGGUGGGCUGCCCAAGCUCUUAUUAAAACCCGGCCGAUACCCCCCUUUCCCUUUGAGGAAUUGGAUUGCGAGGCAGUAUGUCGGUGCCAAGGCCUUGUCCGAGACCGUGAUCGAGAACCAAGCUGCGGUUAUAUGUGACCCGCAAAAUAAAGUAUUUGUGAUCAAGAAUGGCGGAUUCGCUGCGCUCUCGUUGGCAGGCGCUUACACCAUCCUCGCCGUCGUCGACCAAACUCACUUGACGAAUGUCGUCCGAGACAAGGUGACCAAAGCCGUCCUUGGCUAUACUCAGGAAAUCAAGAUGACGAGGAACACGGGUAGAGGUGGAGGCGACAAGGAAUUCGUCGUCGCCUUGUUCUUGGAUAUCCCGGCCAACAAUUGUGCGGUCCUUCAAAAGGGUAACGAUCUCAUUAUCAUGCCUGCUGGACAACAUUAUGUCGUUGAUCCUAGCAUUACGCUUCGAGGCAUGUUUACAUUUGGCGAGAACCAACUGGAAAUGCCCACUAAGGACAUUUUCACGCGUGACCAAGUCCCAGUGUCACUCACCAUCUACUUGAAAUGGCAACUCAUGGAGCCUCUCAAGCUCACCCAACACGGCUACAGCACCGCCUACGAAGCUCUCCGCGACAAGACCCAAUCUAUCCUGACCCAAGUUGUAUCCCACCUCGACUACUCUGCCAUGAUCAAGCAACGCCAAAUCGGUCCAGAUAUUAUGGAGGAAAACUCGGAAGCCAACAACGCAGCCUUCCUCGACGCCCUCCGCACGAGUGCAAUGGACGAACUCAUCGAAGCAUCCACCGAAUACGGUAUCGUCCUCAAAGACUUGGCCGUCAUCGACCGUCAAUUCAAGG